CUUUUCCUUAGUGAGUACUUCCUUCCUCCAUUAUGGAGUAAUAUUCCUGUCUCUCUCCCAGGUGACCCUUCAGAAGCAGGCGUUGGAGAGGKAUAUAGACGCUUUGAAAGAGAAAGUCAAAUGGACUGAGGGGGAACUGAAGGAGAGCCAGAAGAAAGAGGCCCAAACACAAACCAAACUAACGGAGUCACUGUGUGAGAGGGAGGGGCUGAAUGUAACACUGGAGCAGAACAGGAGGAGAGAGACAGGACUGGAGGAGGAGGUGAAGAAGCUGGCUGAGGAGCUGGCAGAGGCCUUCGGUUGCAUCAAAGAACUAGAAGACCAGAAGACGGUCCAACCCACUGCUGCUCCAAUGGCUCCAGUCCCGUUUAGCCCUGCCGGACAGAGCUUUGCCCCGGUCUCACAACCACGACAUGGCCACACCACCCCACRUACAYCCUCGGCUCAGACCAACAGACCUGCUAGAGGGGAGCAAGCGAGGGAGGAGCGAGAGGAGAGAGGGAACGAGGGACAGAGAGCAAAGKACCCCACAGAGCGAGAGCCUGGCGAGGGCAUCGACUCAGAGCACAUCACUCCGUUUGGAUCCACAGACUCUGACAAAACAAAGAGGGCAGGAGAAAGGGGGAAAGGGGAGGAGAGGAAACRAGAGAAUGAGAGAYAAGACGAGGUAGAGUCGGUAGUAGAUGGCUGCAUCCCUGGAAAGGAUGCGUCCACCAAGGACAAAAACUCACUCAGCACACAGAGCUCUCUUUCUGACACAGACCACAGUCCCCACCUCAGCAGGUCCGCUAGCUCCGACACAGACUACGAGAGCGAGACCCUGUCCAGCCACUCCAAACCCCGAGCCCAGACCACCGGGGCUGAGGGAGACCUACAAAGGGAGAACCGAGAGCUGCGUUCAGAGCUGCAGGACGUUAAGRAUGAGUUACAAAGGAGACUGGRGGAUCUGGAGACACAGCGCAGAGCGGAGGCCGAGGCCCGGACCAGACUCAAGCAACUCAGCCGCAAACAUGCCUCCCAGGCUGAGACCUCCAGAGAGAAGGAGGAGAGGAGGGGGGAGUUAGAGAGAGCAGAGACACGGAGGUUGAAGGAGACACUGGCUGAACUUGAGAUAAAGGUCAGGAGAGAUAGAGGACAGGGAGAGGGGGGAGGGAGAGAAGGAGGAAAGGAAAGAGAGGGAGAGAGAGGACGGAGUCGGAAAGCAUGCUGCUGAACCUCCAGCUAAAAAAGUAGCUGGCUGAGUUGAAGACAGCUCUUGGUAGAACGGGAGGAGAGAGAAAGUGAAAAGGAGGAGAGGAGGAGAGGAAGAGAUUGAAAAACAAAGGGAUAGAAGGAACGAUUGACCUGACUGUCAAGCUGGAAGAGCUCCAGGAAGAGUUGAAGGAACUGAAGAACCGUGGACGUCUUGAAGUGAAGAACAUGGUAGAUAAAAACACCUCACCCUGCACCAUGACAUCACCUCUAACUCCAACAACAACACCGUUGUCCCUKACUACAAGCUAMUACCAUCUCCAGACCAGCACCAUCUCCUGUGUGAGAAUACCAACCCGCAGAACACUGUUGUCUCCCAGGCAACAGCAACAACAGCUGAUCUGAUCCAGGAAUAYGGAACUCUGACCAAAGCUCCAGAUCUCUCCAGACCUAUUGGUGAGGGAGAGACCAUUGUGGAGGCCCAGAGGGGUGUGUCUCCCUCAGAUCAGGCUGAAACCACCAUGGAGCUCCAGAGUGGAGGCCUCUCUGCCUCAGAGCUAGCCCAGGAGGUGGAGCAUCUGGGUGGGGAGAGYGCCAAGGAGGCUGGGCGAGCCAGACAGACCCAGGCCAAGCUGSUGGCCAGACAGAGCCAGGUAACCAGGCAGGUGAUGAGGGUAGUCAGCUGCCCACUCCACAGAAAAACUGUGUCACAGAAUUGUAUUAUGUAAUACACAGCACUACCACUCCGAGCAACCAUCCUGUUGAAUAUGAGGCAGCGAAGAUGGUGGAUUCUAAGGCUUCUGCUCAGCCAAGCAGGAGUGAAGAGACAGUUGAAAACACAGAGAAAUUCAAAUCGGACCAUUUAACUGUCACACGUUCUGAGGAGCAGAUGGAACAUCCUGAGGUUUCUGGGCUCCAACAGCAACMCGUCCGUAGUGACGGACACACCAUGUACAGCCCUGUCUUCAGGAGACCUACUGAAGAGUCCCAGAGAGACCUGAGUCUAACCAGGACUGAGAAUACACGUCUUACUGUAGAGCUGGAGAAAGCUUCUGCUCCUACCAACAACAGUACACCAGUGGACAGGGUCGAGAAGACAGUCUGGCUGAAGAGCUGCGGUCUCUAAAACAGAAUAACGAACAACUGAAACUCAAACUUCAAGAUGUGGCAACCACAGACAUAGAAAUGUGUUUUGUCAGUAACACAACACUACCAGCCACCUGUGAAGACCAGGCUGAAAGACAAGCAAAGAGAAGGACAAGAAAGAACCAGAGGGGAGGACAGAAAGUUAUCUCCACCUCUGGAGAGCUAGAGCAAAUCAGUGACAUCAUCACCUCAGGACUGGAGGCCACACUGCAGGAUGGAGGGAAACCCAAAGACGAGGAGAGAGGGGAAGUGGAGUCUGAAGGAGAGAGAGGAGCUAGGGAUGAGG